AUGUCUUCGAGUCACUAUGAAUCCGCAGCCAAAGAUUUGGAGCAGGAGAAGAAGAUGGUGGCGGCGUUGAAACGUCUUUCCAUUGGAAACCGCAUGAACUAUGACCCCGAUCUUCCUCCGGAAGAAUCCGAUUUUUUGCCGCUGUCUGAGUGGGAAAAGUCUCCCUCGCCUCCCAAAACGUCGCCGCAAAAACUGCUAAAUGAAAAUGCGGAAAUCAACGAAGUACCGGAUAAUGUGGAUACUCAUGAGCUUCUUUGGGUUCCUGCCAAAAUGCACCCGGAAGUGGAUCCAGAACUGUUCAAAUUGCAUGUAAAGAAUGCGGUGGAAGAGAUCAUGGAGCGGAAAUUGACCCGCAAAUUGUCUCGUAGGUCUUCCCUUCUGGGCUCUCCAAGCACCGAAAUAUCCAAAACCUCGGCUCCUUCCACGCCAGAGUCUUCUCAAAAUCAAGAUACCUCACCAUCACGCUCGGCUACGCAUACCGGUUUACCGUCUGACCCCAGGAAACGAUUCUCGAAUCCUUCUUUGCACCAGCUUUCUUCGGAACUUGAAAACUUAUCUCGAAGGGCCGGAAUGGAUGCUAACGAUGCCGUCACUUUGGCUCGAACUCUUUCCUCUUCUUCUUUGGGCUACACAAACAGUGAGCGUCUUGCCAUUGACGAACUUACGCUGCCUCCCCGUUCUCGUGAGCCUUCUUAUCGAGAACCCGGAGCGGAACACGCUGAAGAGUUCCCACUAAAACGCAGCCGAAGACUCGAUUAUCGCAAAAAUACCGUGGCUUCAGGAACCAGUCUUCAAAAUAACAAGGCAGGAAAGCUAGCAGAGCUUCGUAGCAAUCUCAAUUCGGCUCUGCAAACCACCGUUCCUAGUCUUCACAGCGACUUUAAUGUACCAAAAGUACGCUCAAAGCACAGACGUCCACGCAAUAACAGAGACUCCCAAACGCUUUUUUCGUACAGAAACCCAAACGAAAAGACUGAAAAUCCACCACUUGAAGCUCAUUCUUCCCAGCGAGUCACCAGCGACUCGCCAUAUCUGACAGCUUCUUCAUCCAGUUCAAUCGAGAGACACUUUACUCCAACUUAUCACCCGCAAUAUAGACGACUGAUUCUGGGGUCUCUGACCUUGCCCUAUUCACAGGUUCCUAGCCCACAGCUUCAACAAACUUCCAAGCAUAAACUGCACCGCCGUGGUUCUAAUAAUGAAUAUCGUCCUCGCCAGGCACCUCCUCCGCAGCCUCGAGGCCAGCCAGGAAACCGCCGAGUGCCCACACCUCCCCAGAGUUAUCCUCCAGGUUCGUACCAGGGAAAACCAACUCCCCAAGUGACGGUGGUCGAUACGGGUUCGCCUGUCAAAAGUGGACUCAACAAAAACCUCGACCUCUUACGUUCCGAGAUAAAUGAGUUUAAAGAAAGUCUCAGCACCCGCACCAUUCCUGGAACCACAGAGUCCUCUGAUAGCAGCGACAAUAACGAGUCGGAUUUCAGUUUCGAAGCAUCAUACCAGGACGUCAGUUACGAGGAUUCUCUUGGUAUAGAACUGGAGGUUUUACGCGAGCUCCAAGCCGAGCGCGAGACUCCACAACCUCCACUGAAUCAACCGUUCACGAAACUUUCAUCUACGAAACAACCAUCUUCUAAGCAACCGUCCACGAACCCUCCCACAAAUCAACCUUUUACUAAACAACCUUCUACGAACCCACCAUCAUUCCACGUUCAAGUACCGGCUUCAGCUGUAACAUCUGGACGGAAAGAGACUGGAAACGAAUCCAAGAACCUCAAUUUGAACCGUCAUGAUGCAAUCACUCCACUGCGUCUGAAAAAUGGACAAUGGGACAAGACAAGAGCAGACACUUUCAAUGUUAUAACGAGUGGAACGACUGAAACAAACCAUUUGGAUGAAGAUCACGGUGAACAAGCAAUUUUGAAGCGUGCUCAGCUGCCUGUCAUGAAGCAUUCUGAGCAUCCUCAAGAUGUCCACUCGCUGCCAGAAAAGGAAAAUUUCAGAACACAACCUCACCCAGAAAGCAAAGAACCACAGGCCAACGAUCCCGUAGAGGAGCUCGUGAAAAUCUCUGAAGCUGCGCCCAAAAAGAGAACUCUCAAAAAGAAGAAAUCUUGGCCAUGGAUGAGAGAUCGGUCUGCCUCGCUUGACGAAAAUACGUCUCCUACUCCUAAUCCUCCAUCUCGUUCUGUGUCGACACCGGAGAUUACAGACAAAGCAAAACGAAACGAGGUGAAAAAGUCUGAUUCCAAGGAGCUAAAAACUCAGACCAAUGACAAUCGAAACAUGAUAUCCAAAUUGUUCAGGAAAAAGAAGACCGUCAAGCAGAGCUAUACUACCAACGGAGUCACUGUGGACUACGAAUCGGAUUCGGAUUCUGACGACAAGAAACUGUUGUCGAAAAAGAAGAAGAGUGCAAAGAAAAAGCUCUACACCAACUUGUUACAGCUGACUUCGAGUACCUUGUUGAGCGAAGAUGAACAAAGCCAUGGAGUUCUACAGAAACAAACUUCUCGUGGAAGCCAAAGAAGUGAUAACAGCGAAAACAUAGCAACUAUUCACGAGGUUCAGCCGGAAACUCCCAAACACAAGCACAAAAAGGCUGAAGUCAAAGAGUCAAAAUCCAAGGAAUCAGAUGAAAAUCAGGCCAAAUUUGACAAUUUGGAUGAAGAACCCUUGCAGUCUCUGACUCCCACAAAGAAGUCAAAAGAUAAAAAGGAUACAAAGAGUCUUAAAGACGCAAAAGACUCAGACAGAGAAGUACCAAGCAGAUCACAAACUACGUUAGAUGUCCAGGAGAAGAUCAAAAAAUCGAUCAAACGAACCUCCAAAGCUAAUCAACCAAUUGAGUUCACGGACUCAGCUUUCGGAUUUCCUCUUCCACCGCCUUCCCAAUCCACUUUGGUGAUGCUAGACUACAGGUUUCCCGUUCAUGUUGAACGAGCCAUCUACAGAUUGUCUCAUCUUAAAUUAGCCAACCCCAAACGGUCGCUUGCGGAACAAGUAUUGCUUUCCAAUUUUAUGUAUGCGUACCUCAACUUGGUGGAUCAUACGUUACAUUUGGAAAUGGCUGAGGAACUGCAAGGAGAAAUUGAUUUGGAACUAGGAAAAGAACCGGAAAAAGCUUGA